UUCACAAUCGGCAUUAAUUCCUCCUACCCACUUCUUCCACAAAAUAUUCCUCCCCCCCCUGUUUCUCUUGUUGUUCUUCUUCUUCUCCAAUAACUCUGUUUCUGCUCUGUUUUUCUCCACAGGAAUCCAUCUAAUAUUUCUUCUUACAUUUUCGAUGUUUAUAUUUCGAGAAUUCAACGUAAGAAAUUUCUUCUUGUGCUCUGCUUUCCUCUGUUUUUCUAGAUCAUCAUCCUCUGUUUUUCCACGACGAUGUCAACCUCCGGAGACAAACAGAACGAUAAGAAUAAGAAUAACGAGGGGAAGACGAGAACUCUGCCUCCGAGAAGAGGCCAAGUGAAAGCUCAAAUUUUCGAGAGCUUUGUCAAGAAUGUUACUUACGCUGCUACGAAACUCAACAAAGCAAUUGUCCGAAACCUGGGAGGAGGAGAAAAAGGCUCCAGUGAUUCUUCUACUACUCCACCGCCCAGUGGCUACAACUCAGAUUUUGCCAGUGACUCAUCUUAAAAGCUCUGAUCUUUGAUGGGUAAUUUCCACCAUAUCCACAUCUCAAUUCUCUUGAAUUGAAAAUCCUAUCUCCUCUGCCGCAAGAGCCCAAUAAAAGAUAUACAUACGUGCAUAUAUGUAUAUACGUGCAUAAGCUGUGAAAUCUGUCAUUUUUUAAUCAGAUCACAGCUGGUUUAAUGUUUUAUUUUAUGCAGAAAGUGACUUAAACUAUGGUUUGAAAUGGGUACUUCCCCUAUUUUAACUCAGAUUUUUGUGGGUUGAAAAACAGGACUAUAUCUAUAACCCAUUUAUAUAUAUAUAUAUAUAUAUGUGUGGAGUUGUCUUGAGAAGUCAUAUUUUAGUUUCGUUUUUUUUUUUUUAAAAAACCCUCUUUCAUGCUUGUUUUCUCUGCAUGAUUUUAGAGUUGAGACAGUAAAUUUGGAAGAGGGUGUGGUUUGUAAUUUGCAUUUUAUUUGGGGUGUAUUUUGUAAUUUUCUUAUAUAUUUGGUGUAAAAAGGCAAUAUGUUUUUGUGUUUUUGCCUUUAGAUUUUGUUUGUUGUUGAUGUAAUCAUUUUAUGUAAUGUCAUAAAAUUUUAAUUUUAUGUUAAUUUCAAGUUCAAUGUC